AUAACAUUGAGUCUAUCUCUGCUGUAAGAAGCUAUAUCCAGCUGCGGAGCCAUGGCCGAACUAGCCGCCAGCCUCGGCGCAUUACAGAUCGACCGAGGAACAUGUCUUGGUUUCGCUGACGACCCAUUUCAGAUUCCGUUCUGUCCGUCAGGCAACCUCGCAACAGAAUUGGACAACACUCCUCGUUAUCUCUUUCGUGUUUACUCAAGAAAUUCCAGCGGAGAGAACAAUACCCAGUGGAUGAAAUCCCCUGCCGCUCUGGAAAACAAUCUAACAGACAUUUUUGCACGAGAUGACGCUGCAAAUGUCGCUACAGUCCUCAACGAGCAUCUUCGAUGGUGGCCGAAAUCAUGCGCAGACCCAUUCAUAUCAUGGACAACUUCGCUGCUUUUUGCGAUCCAAUACAUUAUCUAUAAGCAUAAGACGGAAGGUACCGAGCUGCAGAGAAUGCAUCUCUGUAUCGUCGACACCACCAUGUUCCCAAAAGGAGUGUUCAUACGAGACCUUGACCUGAUGGAGGAAUUCCAUGAUAAGGUCCCGAACGGCCAAGAGAGAGGACUCCAAAACUACUUGAAUUUGCGAACCAAGCGAUAUUCGCCUAACUCGGGUGCCUACUAUUUCGGAGAGUUCCUCUCCCAAGGGCAGACAAACAUCAAGACCAAGGGUCGUUCAUCCACGGUGACCUGCGACAAGAUUGUCAAGGACGAGUUGUUCACCAUACUACCCCAAUUCAGAGUCGAAAUGGAACGUGACUCGAAAGAAGCACGAUUGGCGAAAGCAGUGAUGGAGUGUCGAAAGCCGUUCUACGUGGAUACAGAGCGGGAACCAACCAGGGCCUCUGAUGUCGGCAAGGCAAUGACAAUAGCCUCAAGAUUUGGGACGGAGUGGUCUCUGCCCGUGCUAGCCAAUCUACUGGCUCUACGUCCUCGCAGGGCGCAUGAUCCCGGGAUUCUAGGUCCUAUCUCAACACUAUUUCCAAAUGAGUUGAGACAUAGCUUUUCGUCCAAAAACACGACAGUCGCGGCCAACGAGAACACCCCAGAGGUCCUGCAGUUUGGGAAGAUCAUUCACGAUAUCCAUGAGGACUAUUGGGUCGAGUCUAUCUAUGUCUUAUCGAGAUCUAUAGAAGAGACUACCGAACUUGCGCGUCGCUUCACGGCUAACCCUAGGCUCACAGCAGCUUUCCGGUUCCGGGGCAAUGGCAACCCAGCAGCUUAUCUCUAUAGGAUAGAGAGAGGGCGUCUGUCGCUACUUAUGCAGAGCUUAGAGACGCUGAGUGGCAUGAUACAAGAAUGCCAAGAAGGUGGGAAUGCUAUUUAGAUACAGAUUGGAUCGUCGUAGAUUCUGAAAGGGAACGCAACCGCGUCUGCUGCCACUAGUAAGUGGAUGAGUGAAGACGAAAGGCAUGGCAAUGCGUCCGCAGAGGACAUGGGAUGCUGGGGCUCGAUAAACGUCUGGGAGAGCAAUGAGAGUCGUCUUCCUGUCGAAGCGGAUACCACCC